GCAUCACCAGUGUCAAAAUGGCCGUGGACUCGACAGUUCAGAGUUUAGUUCUCGCUUGGACGCGCACUUGAUGUCCUUUCAAGAUUCAGUUUUUCAUUUGGUUUUUGUUUUUUCUUAACACAUUACUACUUUAAAACUAGAAAUUCAUUUUGUGAGGUUAUAUUUUAUUUAACAAUGAUUUCCACAACAAUGGAUUGUAAUGUGAAUCUCACUCACAUGGAUCGAAGUCAUUUAAAUUGUACUACUGAUGAAGGCAAGUCUUCGAAUAAUUUCAAAACAAUGAUAUCAUCAGUAGACGGGGUGGCUUGGAUAGCAAAAUUUAAAUCCAUGUGUUUGACGAACAUGGACAAUUCAUCAACUCUAAUUAAUUUGAUGACAUACUUCAUUAGAAAUGUUCGGCCCACGGUAGCCGAAUGCCAAACAAAACCGUUGAGAGCUGAUAAAUUAAAAGGUUUUAUUGGUGAAACUCUGCUUUUCUUCAUGUAUUACUAUAAAUCGCACGAAGGGAGUCACGACCGCACAAUCUACAUGGAUUUAAUGUCUGAUUUGCUAGCAAUGUAUAUAGAUUUAGAACUGAAGGCUUCCAAGAAGAGCUGUGAAUACCAUGAAAGGAUUUCAGGUCGAUUGGCAUCUUAUUUAUACGUUUAUUUAGAAAAUUCCGCUGAAUAUCUCAUGGAUACUAUUCUCAAAAUUCGGUUCAUGAGUUCUACGUAUUAUCAAAUAAUAAACCCUUUACUAACAAAAAUAUUCAGGGUAGUUCCUGAGCAUCCAACUUCGAAUUUAAUGUAUGUAAGAUAUUUUCUUGUAUAUCGGAUAUGGAAGAGAAUAACCAAAGAUUCAAAUAGUAAAAAUGACGUAAAUUCAAGAGCUUUAUCAUCUCUAGCAUCGUAUCCUACCUCUUUACCACAGUACGUAACAGAUCACGUAUUACCAAAAGUGCCAAAUAACCAAAAAGUCUCCACGAGACUGUUGCUUACUCAACAUAUUGAACUAGAAAAGUCCUGCGAAGCAUUUAUUAAGUUCUGUAAAAAGUCAAGAAUAUUUAAGGACCCUGAAGAAGUUGAGCAAACUCGAUCAGAUGAUACCAUCGAGCUUUUAGAGCUUGAAGAUAAUUUGUCUUGCAAAUUAAAUGUAUCAUCUCGCGAAAAUACCGCUAAAAAAGUCUUGUUGAAUAAUAAUAGUUGUAAUAAUCAAACAAAAGAUAGUAUUAAUAGUUCUAACUUUAAAUUAAAUUCAGAUAAAAGUGUCAAUAGUAAAUUCAUACCACGUAAAGUUCAGAAAAACAAUGGAGAUAUUGUUCUAAUUGAUCUCACCUCAGAAGAUUCGAGCGGAAAAAUUUCCAAACAGAAAAAGAGCAAGAAGUUGUCAUGGAUACAAAAAAUUUUUAAACGACCAUCCAAUACUCCUGACAUCACUGAAGAUAAUAAAAACAUCAAUCAAAAUUCGCAACUUGAAGAUACAUUCAACUUAGAAUCUCUUCUGAUUACCUCCAAUAAAGAUAAAAUUGUAGAUGACCAAAUGGAAAUUCAGAGCUCACUAUUAAAUGUCGAUGAAAUCACCCAAGGAAAUCUAACGGAAAAUGAGAUCAUCGAAGAAGAAAGUCGAUUAAUACUCACUGAAACAUGUAUGCAAGUGUUAGAAACUAGUGAAGAAUAUAAAGAGAACAUUGAAAGCCAUUCGUGUAAAAACGGGCAGGUUUCUAAAGUAGAAUAUGAAGAAUCCUCCGAGAAUGUUGAACAAAAGAUCAAAGUACAAAAGUUUCCGGUUGUCAAUGAUAAAGCUAAAGUAACGCCGUUAGAAUUGAAUUUUUGCAAGGAAAAAAAUGUAAAUAGAACUAAUGUAUCGGAAAGUGAGGAUCUGGUUGACGUAAACUCAAGUAAAGUGAUGGAAAAAAUAAAUAGUAACAUAAAUUCACAAGCUGUCUUGAAUACCAUCAAAACCAAUGUGGAUGCAAAUUCGUUCUCACAAAAUAUUGAAAAAAAUUUAAACCAGCAGCCUGAAGCAAUGGAAUCUUUUAAAAAAAAUAAUUUAUCGAAAAUCCAUGAUGUUGAUUUUAAUGAUCAUAUUGAUGGGCUUUCUCUACUUGCAAGUGUAUCUCAAAGGGUAUCUCAUUUAAAUACGGAAGCACCUGAAACCAAUCAGACUAAAGAAUUCAUUAAAGUGAAGGAUUACAACAGUUUGAUGACUUAUAAUGAGAUGACUGAAGAUCAAAGAAAUGAAGAUUUUAAUAACCAAUCAGCAGAAGAUGCCAACAGGUUUAUUGACGUCUAUCCUGAUGGUAUAGACAGAGUAGCACUUAAUGUUGAAGUAUCAUCUUCAGAAGAUUUAUCAAAUCAUUGUUUAAAUAGUGUCCAAGAGCAACAAAAUAAUUCAUGCAUGCUAAAUGAACUUCCAAUUGAGUUAACGAGCACAUCAGUCCAGGUUGAAAGUUCAAUAUCUUCUGACAAAGACGAAACGAAUGUAAUUUUAAAUGGUGAAACAAUCGUAUUACUGCAAAAAUCACCGAACAGUAACUUGUAUAUAAUAAAUAAAGCUGUCGAAAAUAGAGAUCACAGUAAUGAAGAGGAAGCAAUGAAUUUGAGUGAAAAAAAUUUGAUGCUUGAAAAAGUAAAAGAUGAGAGUUUUUCUCGUGAAAUACAUGAUCCAGUAUACAGAAUAUCUCAAUCUUUUCCGCCUACGACACAGUAUGAACUUGCGCAAGAAAGCCGGAAAGUUAAUAAAAUAAAAAUAGAUCCGACAGCGGAAAACAUUACCUGUCUAGACAGUAAAAAACCGACAAAAAAUAAUUCCGAUGCUAAUAACUCUGGACGGUGUAGAAUAAAACAAGAAUUUAGUGAUUGUACAAAUAACUUAUCAAAUCAUAUGGGUAAUCCAGCUUACGUAAAUCAAGUUCGCCCGAAGGAUCUCGUUGACCCUCAUGGUCUUCAUAUUUCAGCAUCAAAUUCACGAAGUGGAAUCUAUCAUCCAACUUACUCGACAGGUGAUUUAUAUAUUUCUUGCAGGAAAAACUACAGUUCAGUUGCUUGUGGAUUACCAGUUAAUCAUCCUGGACCUCCGCUUCAUUCUCGUGCCAAAUCGCAACAGUGCUCUUGUUUUAACUGUGCCUACGGUAUUAUUACGCAUUGCAAUCAAUAUAUCAUACCGCCAAACGAAACUAAAGCUACUUCCAAAAUUGAUGGUGGCUUUUAUAUUCCAAUAUCCGAUAAACCGGUUAUUCCAGAAUGUCCUCUUCAAACCACUCAUCAAAGUAAUGAACUGGGAAUGUAUGAAAACAAAUUAUUGUGCAAAAUUGAAGCUAAUCUUGAUGAUCGAAUACAAGAAAAAAUUUACCAAAAGGAUGUUAAUUAUAAAUUACCGUUGAAAAAACGUUUCAAAUCAAUGACACCAAUAGAUUAUGUUACUCCAAUUAAAAAAGAAAAUGUAGUUAAUAAUUUUAUCGGCUCGCCAAUGAUUUCAAUAGCAGCUUUAGAAGGUAGAGAGUCUAUAGAUUCAUCAUCAACCUUAAUGACGAAUAUUCAUUCAUCUUCAAUGAUCCGUGGGGAAUAUGAAAAAGAUGUAAUUAGUAAUUAUGAUAAUUUUUCUGACAGAAAAAGGAAAAAAGUUGAUGGUAUUUAUUCAACGGAUGAUUCAACUAGUUUGAAGAGAAUAAAUGAGGAAAUGGUAAGGUCAUCAAAGAAAGUAAAACAGCCAAAAUCACCAAAAAAAAAUCCCACUAAGAAAACGAGAAGCUCGCAGAGAAAGAUACCCAAAAUAAAUUAUUCUUACAUGGACGAUGAAACAGAAUGCACUCCGUCCAGUGAGAUAAAACUUCGUAAAAAGAAAAAGACGAGUCGAUAAUUCUAUGUUUUUCGUAAAACAAUAUUUAAAUUUCCAGAAGAUGGAAUAUGAAUGAAAAAAUAAGAAAAAAACUAUAAUACCUGACCGUUCGAGAGGCUGUGGUAUUUUUAUUCUGUACAUAAAAAAAUAUGUUAUCAACAAAGAAGCUCCGCGUGUAUAUAGUUAAAUAAUAUUUCAUAGCUAUUGUAGUUAAAUUAUUAAUAAUAUAAUAAUGAUAAUUAAAUUAAUUAAUAUUGUUUUUAAAUGACAGAAUCGAGCUAAAAAUUUAAUUAUCACUUAAAAUCAACGUUUGAAGAUUUCAUCAAGAAUUGCCAAUAAUAGGACUCUUCAACAUUACUUUCUACCUGAAUAGAAGUUUCUAUCCAAUUUUUAACGACUAUCUGU